UUAUUUCACCUCAGAGAGUAAACAGAUAUAUUGGAGCCCCAAGGGUUCAUGGGUAGCGUAUUUACAAAGGAGCCUCCUCCGCCAGCCCGUGCCACCGCUGCUAAUGAGAGCGGUCAUUAAGUAAAUGAGACAUCGCCUUUAGCUGGCUUAGGAGUUCGCACACUGAGGGGAGAAGAUAUUUAAUUGAAACCCACACACAGGCUUCCCCACACGUGACUGCAGUGAGGGAGGCAGCUGCCUUCCCCUCCCCCGUUCUCCCCCCAUACCCCCCCAUGUAAAUUUCAUGAUUGCUUUCCGUGAUGUCAUUUUGAAAGAGGACAGACAAUAGCUGUGGGGAAAGAAAAUGAGUUCCGGGGCAAACUUCUAACCCAGAGGUGGACACAGGAAGACAAGAUCAGCAGCUGCAGAACCGAGAGACAUUUCCUGUAUAGAUACAACAAGAUGAGCUUAGAAAGUGAUGACAAGAGAGCCCGCACACGAUCCAAGACCCUCCGAGGACCCUCAGAGACCACAGGUACAGACCUCAGCUGUCCUACCCCAGGAUGUACUGGUUCAGGACAUGUCCGGGGCAAGUACUCCAGACAUAGAAGCUUACAGAGUUGCCCUCUGGCCAAGAAGAGAAAACUGGAGGAUGCUGAGGCUGAGCACCUGGUAUCCAAGAGGAAGUCACACCCUCUGAGGCUGGCUCUGGAUGAGGGCUACCGCAUGGACAGUGAUGGCAGUGAGGAUGCCGAGGUGAAGGACGCCUCUGUUUCUGAUGAAUCAGAAGGAACUCUGGAGGAGGCUGAGGCUGAGAUGUCAGGACAGGAGGAGAUUCAUCACCCCCAGACAGCUGAAGGAAAAGGCCUCAUCAAACCCCAUUUUGGAUCCAACCCCACAAUCAGCCCUUCUGGCUUCUCUAAGGGCAGCUACAACAGCUACCAGGGGAUCAUUGCAACGUCCCUCCUAAAUCUGGGCCAAAUUGCUGAAGAGACCCUUGUGCGGGAGGACUCAGUCUCAGUAGCUAAGCUGGGCUCUGCUGUCGUUCAUCAGCUUCAAGAUGAGGCUGCAAUGAGGGCCACCAGUGAUGAGGGUGAAAAGGACCUCUUUAUACAGCCAGAGGACGUGGAGGAGGUCAUUGAAGUCACCAGUGAACGUUCCCAGGAGCUAUGCCCUACGUCUCUGGAAGAUAUGGUUAGUGAAGAGUCAAGUAAGCAGAAAGGUGUCCUAGGUGGUGAGGAGGAGGAGGGAGAAGAUGAUGAUGAGGAAGAAGAAGAAGAGGAGGAAGAAGAGGAGGAGGGAGAGGAGGAAGAGGAAGAGGAGGAUGAGGAAGAAGAGGAGGAGGAGGAGGAAGAAGAGGAAGAGGAGGAGGAAGAAGCAGCUCCAAAUGUGCUCUUUGGGGAAGACACUUCUCGUACCUCUGCCCAGAAGGCUUCCCCUGAGUUCCGAGGCCCAGAUCUAUCCAGUCCCAAGCCUGAGUACUCAGUUAUUGUGGAGGUUCGUUCUGAUGAUGACAAGGAUGAGGAUUCACACUCGCAGAAGUCAGCAGUCACAGAUGAAUCAGAGAUGUAUGACAUGAUGACCCGUGGGAACCUGGGCCUUCUGGAGCAGGCCAUUGCCCUGAAGGCUGAGCAGGUGCAAGCUGUCUGUGAGCCUGGCUGCCCACCUGCUGAGCAGGGCCAUGUGGGCCCAGGAGAGCCAGGGAAGGUGGCAAAGUCUCUGGACGUGGUGAGGAAGAGCUGCUACAGCAAAGAUCCUUCUAGGGUGGAGAAGCGUGAAAUCAAGUGUCCGACACCUGGCUGUGAUGGCACUGGCCAUGUUACUGGCUUGUACCCUCAUCACCGCAGCCUGUCUGGCUGUCCCCACAAGGAUAGAAUCCCUCCAGAGAUCUUGGCCAUGCAUGAAAAUGUGCUGAAGUGCCCCACUCCUGGCUGCACGGGUCAAGGCCAUGUGAACAGCAACCGCAAUACCCACAGAAGUUUGUCUGGAUGUCCCAUUGCUGCUGCUGAAAAAUUAGCCAAAUCUCAUGAGAAGCAGCAACUGCAGACAGGAGAUCCUCCCAAAAAUAACUCCAAUUCAGAUCGGAUCCUCAGGCCCAUGUGCUUUGUGAAGCAGCUUGAGGUUCCUCCUUAUGGGAGCUACCGACCUAGUGUGGCUCCCGCCACGCCCCGGGCCAACUUGGCCAAGGAGCUGGAGAAGUUCUCCAAAGUCACCUUUGACUACGCAAGUUUUGAUGCUCAGGUUUUUGGCAAACGUAUGCUUGCUCCAAAGAUUCAGACCAGCGAAACCUCACCCAAAGCCUUCCAAUGCUUCGACUACUCUCACGAUGCCGAGGCUGCGCACAUGGCUGCCACAGCCAUCCUGAACCUAUCCACUCGAUGCUGGGAGAUGCCAGAGAACCUCAGCACAAAGCCACAGGGCCUCCCCAGCAAGGCUGUGGACAUUGAGGUUGAUGAAAAUGGCACUCUGGACUUGAGUAUGCAUAAGCAUCGCAAGCGGGAAAACACUUUUCCCAGCAGCAGCAGCUGCAGUAGCAGCCCCGGUGUCAAGUCUCCUGACGUCUCUCAGCGCCAGAGCAGUACCAGUGCCCCCAGCAGCUCCAUGACCUCGCCCCAGUCCAGCCAGGCCUCCCGCCAGGAUGAGUGGGACCGUCCCCUAGACUAUACCAAACCUAGUCGGCUUCGAGAGGAAGAGCCUGAGGAGUCAGAGCCAGCAGCACACUCUUUUGCUUCCUCUGAAGCAGAUGAUCAGGAAGUGUCAGAAGAGAAUUUUGAGGAGCGGAAGUACCCAGGAGAAGUCACCCUGACUAACUUUAAGCUGAAGUUUCUCUCCAAGGAUAUAAAGAAGGAGCUUCUCACCUGUCCCACCCCCGGCUGUGACGGCAGUGGCCAUAUCACCGGGAACUAUGCCUCUCAUCGCAGCCUCUCUGGUUGCCCUCUUGCUGACAAGAGCCUCAGAAACCUCAUGGCUGCCCACUCUGCUGACCUCAAGUGCCCCACACCUGGCUGUGAUGGCUCUGGCCACAUAACAGGGAACUAUGCUUCACACAGAAGUUUGUCAGGCUGCCCACGUGCCAAGAAGAGUGGACUCAAGGUGGCGCCUACCAAGGAUGACAAGGAGGACCCCGAGUUGAUGAAGUGCCCAGUUCCAGGCUGUGUGGGGCUUGGCCACAUCAGCGGCAAAUAUGCCUCUCACAGGAGUGCUUCUGGUUGCCCGCUGGCUGCUCGGAGGCAGAAAGAGGGCGCUCUCAAUGGUUCAUCUUUCUCCUGGAAGUCGCUGAAGAAUGAGGGCCCUACUUGCCCCACCCCAGGUUGUGAUGGCUCUGGGCAUGCCAAUGGCAGUUUCCUCACCCACAGAAGUUUGUCUGGCUGUCCCAGAGCAACCUUUGCUGGAAAGAAAGGAAAACUCUCAGGGGAUGAGAUUCUCAGCCCAAAAUUCAAGACAAGUGAUGUGCUGGAGAACGAUGAGGAGAUCAAGCAGCUAAAUCAGGAGAUACGAGACUUGAACGAGUCCAAUUCGGAGAUGGAGGCUGCCAUGGUGCAGCUGCAGUCUCAGAUCUCUUCCAUGGAGAAGAACCUGAAGAGCAUUGAGGAGGAGAACAAGCUCAUCGAGGAGCAGAAUGAGGCCCUGUUCCUGGAACUGUCUGGGCUGAGCCAGGCCCUUAUCCAAAGUCUUGCCAAUAUCCGCCUUCCACACAUGGAGCCAAUAUGUGAACAGAAUUUUGACGCCUAUGUGAACACCCUCACUGACAUGUACUCCAAUCAGGACUGCUACCAGAACCCGGAAAACAAAGGCCUUCUGGAAACGAUCAAGCAAGCUGUGAGGGGCAUUCAGGUCUAGGCUGCACUGCCCAGAGGAGUCCCUGCUCUGCUCCUCACAGUGGGGACCCCUGACUUAUAGCUACUUCUAAUUGGAAGCCUGGGUGCAGCCUUGGGCAGCUUACCCAAAGGGGAGCCUGGAAAUCAGUGUCUCCUAUCAUGUCCCCAUUAGGCCCAGGCAUGAAGACCUCUCUGUGUGGGUGUCUGGGGACACUGAAGUAUUACAAAGUGAUUUAUUUUUGUUUUCUGAAAGAAGUCUGAAGAGCAGCUCAAAGUCUCCGUGGAAGCUCAUGGACAAGGUUCUCAGGGAAGUUUUGGAGUUUGCAGCCACAGUGUUCCAUUGUCUGUCAAGGUUGGGAGGGCAGCCAUGGACUUGAUGGGUGUUAGUCUCAGCAGGAGGGCAUGCCUAGGCUUCUGGCUAUGCUCACUGAGGCCCAUGUGGCAAGUAUGUUUUGUGUUUUCAUUUAAUUCAACUUUGUGUUAAAGGUGCAUUCUGCUUGAGAAGUGAAUCUAGGGACGGGCCUCCCAAGAUGGCAGUCUACACAGCUGACAAGCAUCAUAGAAAAUCAGCUGAAGGUAUUUUUCACUUGGAGGCCCUGAAAAUCAGCCAUUUGCUUGGGCAGCAGAUGCCUGUAGGCUGUGCAGACCUGCUUCCUCCUGGCUCCAGUCUUUAAACUCCUGGCCUGGGCUCUAAGUCCAGGACCACUGGGCCAAGCCUCUGCUUUCUGUACCUCCACCCAGGUGCUAGACCCAUCAUUGUUAUCUUUUCCUGUGCAUCCAAGGUGACUGGGGUGAGGAGAGUGGUAUCAGAGGUAAAUUGUUAAUGGGAGACCACCAAGAUUUCACUUCUUUGUAGACUUAUUUAAGAUGUGAAAAGGGUCAAUUUUAAUUUAAUGUGUUAAAAACACAAUGUUCUUACCGUGUAAAUAGAGUCCAAGUUAAUUGUGACUGCAAUUCCAAAUUAGUAUUUAAAAGUAGAAAAAUUGCACUUCCUGGAAGACACUGAAAGUAGUUAGUUUAUUCUGUAAAUUAUUUAAUUUUGUCAUGAUGAGUAUUUAUAUUCAUACCCUCUUAUGUUAAUGUUUUCUAUUUAUUAUUUUUAUUUAUUAAUUUUAUACUAUUUCAACUAGACUACACACUAGGGCACCAUAAGAGUUAAAUAAGUUAAAUCAAAACUAAAACAUUUAUUUGACUAUAAGAUAGGCCACAAAGAAUCUUGAUAUAACUUCUAGUUAUAAUUUUGAUGCAACCGAGUUAUUUUUUAUAUAUUUUGUUAUUUAUUCUCUUAAUAAUGGAAUUUUUUAAAAAAAAGUAUUUUGUAACUGAGGAAUUUUGAUAAUUUGGGUUUUCUCCCCAUUGGUCCAUCAGAGAGAAAGGUGUUUUAGUUUUCUUUUCCCCUUUGGGUUCCUUUUGUCCGGCCAAUAACAGCAAAUGGAAUUCUGUAUUUAUCAUUAUUUAAGUGUAGUGCAGAUGCGUGUGCUCUGGCGUUUCUUGUGUUGCAUUUGUGGAGGUUCUUAUGGAUGAUUCAUGUUGCUGUGAGGGAGUGCUGGCCAUGGUCAUUUCUAGGCAGUUGCCUGGACUCACUGGCCAAACUGCCCAGGAUCUUGAUACCCCAAUACUGUGACCCUCUUUCCUCAGGAAACACGUUGGACCCACAGUACUUCGUGGUGUGUUUGGAGGGUGAUUUCUAAUAAAAGUCUCACUGUG